AGCUAUACGUCAUUGAGAAUCUGUACGUAUUAAGCUGAAAUUGUUUUACUUUUAAAUUUGAAACCGGUAACGAACUAAAUUUAUAUAACGAGAAAAAAACUGUUCAUGUUCAGAAAUUCAGCUAAGAUGACAACAAAAAUUACAGUUGAUAAACUAAAAGAGGUUGACGUAACGAAUUCCUGUCGCAUAUGCAAGUGCCGUGGAAAUGACGAUUUACAAAAUCGAGUUAAACUGCGUCCAUUAUUCAAUGGCCGCCGUUUAACUCGUAUUAUAGCCAACACAAUACACAUAGAGAUUAAGGAUUUGCCAGGACUGCCCCGUUUUGUUUGCGAGCAUUGUUUAAAAUUGUUGAAAACUUUUUCAGUUUUUCAAGUGGAUUUUCGGCGUUCCGAAGAAGAUUUUAAAAUGGCCCUCGAAGCUCGCAAACAUUCUCAUAUGGAUGCCUUGAUUGAAUUUUCCAAUUCCAUUGAAAUGGAAAAGCAAUUAGAUAAUGACCAGAAAAAUGCUGCUCUCGUAACCAAUUUCCUAAAGAAAAGCCACAAGAAGACCAACAAACCAAAAUCAACACUCGAUAAUGAUUAGUGUAUUUUACAAUGAAUUUAAAUAGUUCAAUAUAUUUUAAGUUUAUAUGUGCAAA